CGAUAAUUCCGCGGUCACACUCUACAGCUGAUGCUAAUCGAAGUUUAUUGUUUCUUUCUUUUUGUAUUUGAACAAACUUCACAAAAUGUUGAAACCCAAGGCACUCACACAAGUUCUAAGCCAGGCGAAUACCGGAGGCGUCGAGAACACCCUUCUGCUCAGCCAGGAGGGUGCACUAUUGGCCUACUCAGGCUAUGGUGAUAAGGAUGCCCGCAUUACUGCAGCCAUUGCCAGCAAUAUAUGGGCGGCGUAUGAAAAACACGGACGGAAUGCAUUCCGUGAAGACCGAUUGACCUUCGUGCUGAUUGAUUGCGAGACCGGUCAUGUAGCCAUAACACAGGUGGCUAGUGUGCUGCUAUGCCUAUAUGCCCGGAGCCACGUUGGAUUGGGCAUGCUCAAGCAAAAGGCCAUGUCUCUGGCCGCCUAUUUGGAGAGGCCGCUUAAGAUGAUUUCGGCUUCUUGAAGAAGGCGAGUCCAUGUCGAGUCGAGGGAUACUCGUUGAAUACAUUUUUCUAUAUAAGUUUAUACAGUAAUGAAGAAUUAGACACAUGCCAAUAUACGUAUUGUUUCAGAUAGAA